AUGGCCGCAAGGAGAGGUGAAGUCGAGGAGGAAGAGAUAUCAAACAUUGAAGAAGGUGUGGAUAACUCUCCCUCCCCCCAGACCGAUCUUCACUUGGGCUGCUGCGCCUUCUCCACUGUCGUAACCACUGCCCAAAAGUUGCUUGCCGAGGCGGUCGGUACCUACUUCGUGAUAUUUGCUGGUUGCGGUUCCGUUGCUGUGAAUAAAAUCUAUGGGUCUGUGACCUUCCCUGGCGUCUGUGUGACGUGGGGUCUCAUUGUCAUGGUCAUGAUUUACACCGUGGGCCACAUUUCCGGCGCCCACUUCAAUCCCGCUGUCACCAUCACUUUGACCGUGCUGCGCCGGUUCCCACUGUGGGUGAUGCUUCCAUAUAUUGCGGCUCAGCUACUGGGGUCAAUACUGGCCAGUGCCACACUAGCGGGGAUUCUUGAUGUGACUCCUAAAGAUUACUUUGGGACAGUACCGGUCGGAUCCAAUGGCCAGUCACUGAUGAUGGAGAUCAUCAUCACCUUCCUCUUGAUGUUUGUCAUCUGUGGUGUCACCACAGACAAGAGAGCUGUGAAUGAGCUUGGCGGGAUGGCUGUUGGGAUGACCAUUCUGCUCAAUGUCCUUGUUGCCGGGCCUGUAUCGGGAGCAUCCAUGAACCCUGCGAGGAGCCUAGGACCCGCCAUUGUGAAACACAACUACCAAGGCAUUUGGGUUUACAUACUAGGGCCAAUCAUCGGGGCUUUGCUCGGGGCAGGUGUUUACAGCUUGACCAGAUACACAGACAAGCCGCUCCAUGAGAUCGCAAAGAGCAGCUCUUUCCUGAAGAAGAUGUCCAGGAACAGUCCAUGAAUUGAAACGCUCUACUUAUUACAGUUCAGGAAGGAAGGAGCUUCAGGGACAAAGUUGCUUUGCUCGGAAAUUUGUGAAUCGUCGUCUCUCCUGGGAAACUUUGACGCGGUCUCUCUUUUAUCUUUUUUUAUUUAUAUUUUCCUUUUCACUUAAUGGUGGAAUUAUCUGCUUCAUGAAUUCGACUUGCAGCCGGUUUUGGUCAGUUUAUGGGCAUUGAUAUGGAUGUUGUCCAUCCUUCUCUGCA